AUGAAGCACUUACAAAAUCUUCUAUUAGAUUCCAAUGAAUUAAAAAAGAUUAUUCAAGCCAUCCAAUACUUUAUUGGUUAUAAUCGAUCAUUAUGGUUUACUGUAACACCAUGUACAAAUUUAUUGAAUCGUAUUGAAUUUGUUGGAUCAUCUGCUUAUAAUGAACCAUGGAAAGAAAGUAACGUUUAUGGUUUACAAUUAUCGAAAUCUGAUAAAUAUUCUGUAAAUUGGCCUCAACAAAAAAUUCGUGUAGAACCAUUUCCAAGUGAAACAAAAUUACCAAAUUUUACAUUAACUAAUCAAGGUGAUACUAUUCUAGGUUUAACACGUUCAAGAUUACAUUUUACACAAAUUAAAUAUAAAACAGAUAGUUUAAAUGUACGAUUAUAUGGUAAUAUUGGUGAUACAUAUAAUAUACGUUUUAGUACACGUCGUUCACCAAAACAUGCAUUAGAUGGUUAUCCAGAAUUGGAUAAAACUUCAACUAUAUCUGUAUGUUUAGUACAAAAUACAAAUGAUACAUUAGAUAUAUCAUGGAAAGGAGUAAUGCAUAAUUCAAUGCAAAUUAAUUAUUGUGUAGUUAUUAAUGCAAAUGAAAAUCUUUAUUAUGAAUGUACAGCCAUGUCAAGAUUAAAUCAAUUUUUCAAUGAUCAUACAAAUGAAAAAUUUAAACGACCUAAAAUAUUCCAAGAAACUGAUUAUUUAAGACCAAAAUUAAUUGAUAAUUAUGUAUAUAAAUGUGGUACAAAGUCAAUGAUAAGAAUUAGACUAACAUCAACAUUAAGUCAAAUAUUAAAUGAUUUACAUAUGAAUAAUUCACUAAAAUUAUUUAUUAAUGUUUAUGCAAUUAAUAAACGUAUGGAUAUUAGUACAGCAUAUCCAGUAAAAAUUAUACAAUAUUCAAUACAACUAUGUCAAUCAAAACAUUAUAUUAAUAAUAUUAAAAUAAUCAAUAAAUUAUAUUAUAAUCAAUUCUAUUGGAAUUCUGAUGUUUUAUUUAAAUUGGAAUUCAAUGAGAAAUUAUUUCAAUUAUAUUAUCAACCAUGUCGUUUACCUAGUAACAAAGCAAUAACUUAUACAAUAAGUUUAUUGAAGAAAAUAAUUUUACAGAAUUCUACUAUUACAUCAUCAAAUUUACAAACACUAUGUGAAUAUCCAAUUAACAGUCAUCGUGUAUUGCGUAUGUGUUUAGAUUCUGGCAACGGAGUUUAUUACUUGCAAUUAAAUGGCAAUCCGAAUUUUGAAAAUAAACAACCAGUGGGUAGAUAUUUUUUCUUGGAACCUAACACAACCAGCUUACUACCUCAGAAACCAAAAUACACAUAUUUUCCAACAGAUAUAUCAACUAUGACUAUUCAACCAUCAAGUAAUCAAACUAUUUUUCAAAUUCCAUCACCAUUUUUACAACAACAUUUAAGACAUUAUCGUUUCACUAAUCAUCGUAUAAAACGUAAUAAUUAUCACCAAUUAUAUUUAAAUAUUAAAUUAAAAUCGAAACAAAUUAAUAAUUAUUUAAUGAAAACAAUUACUACAAUUUCAUUAGAUAAUAAUAUUAGUAAUAAUUUUUUAAACAUUCCAAAUAUAUUAAAACGUCAAUUAAGAAAUAUUCCAAUUAAAAAUGGUUUUCAAAUUGGUGUUGAAUGUACAUCACAUCAAGUGUAUAUAAGUUUAAAAAUUCAUGUUAAUCCACAAAAUUAUUGGAUUUAUACAUUACCAGUGUUAAAUGAUCCAAUAAAUAAUAUAAAUUUAAUGUGGGAUUAUUUAAAUAAUAAUAUGACAGACUAUUGUGAAUUUCCAAAGCAUACAUUAUCAAAACAAAUUAAACAAACAAUAAAACCAAUUUAUUGUCAAACAACUUAUGGAAUGCAUUCACUUGAAUUAACUAUACCAGCAUAUCAUCGUAAUGAUUAUCCAAGAUUUUAUUUAAUAUUAAUUUAUGCAUCAAAUAAUAAUGAUAUUAAUGGAAAAUAUAAACAAUUAUUUGUACGUCAAUUAUUAGAUACAUGUAAUAUCAUUUCAAAUGGUUGUUAUCCUAAUGUACCAACAGAUUGUCGUCAAAAUUAUCCAAAAUAUUUACCAUCAACAUUUGAUCCAUUAAUGUCUAGUUCAGUAAUAUUAAAUUCUAAUUCAUCAAAUCAAAUACCUGUUUGUAUGAUAGAUGAAUAUUAA